AUGAAGGACAUUCAGACCGGAAGUGGGUUUAUAAAUGUGAGGAAGGAAGACGGUGGUGAAGAAGCUGUUAUAGAAACCACUGCAAUCAGAGACGGAGGUGAAAAGGCUGUUUACAGAAGCAAUCCGGUGACGGACGACUGGAUUCCUGCGGUGGAAGAGGACCUUGGUUCAGAAUCCUUCUUUAAAGCGAACAAAAACUUUGAGAAAUCAAACAAAGUCCCACAUUAA